AAUUUUUUUCCGUUAAUUAUUAAUUCAACAAACACGGCACCAUUAAUUAAUUUCUCUGAGUCUAUGUAGCUCACUCCACCAUUAAGAGGAAGAAGAUCACACUUCUUAAUUCUCUCGUUUGAUAACCAUGAUUCUUCGUUAAACAAAUACUCACUACUUGUUUUAAUUUCCUAGAGCUACUUCAGUUUCAUACUUCUUUCCUCUGCGAAUCGGAGGACGGGUUCAGUUGAGUCGACUCGCUGAGCUGCGACUACUUGACUCGUUCCAACCUCGUCUUCUUUUCUUCUUCUUCUUCUCCUUCUUCUUCUUCUUCUUCCUCGAAGUGAACGAUUUCGGUGAAACGCUGUCGUUUUAGGUGUUGCUGAUCUCGAUUUUAUUUUAUUUUAUUUUUCUGUCUUGGGAGUACUACAGUCCUUCGGUGUAAUCAUGAGCAAGGUGCAUCUUCUCGAAAUCGAACCCAAGGAACUCAAGUUCAUAUUUGAAUUGAAGAAGCAAAGUUCAUGCUCGGUUCAGUUGACUAAUAUCACCAACCACUGUGUUGCUUUCAAGGUCAAGACAACUUCCCCUAAGAAAUAUUCAGUGCGGCCUAAUGUUGGCGUUCUUUCACCUAAAGCUACUUGUGAAUUCAUUGUUACAAUGCAAGCUCAACGGUCAGCACCUUUAGAUAUGGAGUGCAGGGACAAGUUCUUAAUCCAAAGCACAAUGGUUUCUUCUGAAACAACUAGUGAUGAUGUUACUUCCAGCUUGUUUGUCAAAGAUGGAAGCAGAUACAUUGAAGAAAAUAAACUGAAAGUAUCCCUGACCAGCAAACCCAAUUCACCAGAAUUCUUUCCUAUUACUGGAGACUUCAGGAAUGGGCUUGAUCAUGAAAAGUUUCAGAAACAUACUACCGAUGAAAUCCAAUCGCCAGAACCCAUGGCUCUUAAGAAUCCAGAUCAUCACAUUUUCAAAGAGUUACUAAAGCUUGAAGAGGAUCAGGAUUUCAAGCCAACACAGCAUAUAGAGGUGAAAACUAUGAAGGAUGUAGAGAUGCCAGAAGAAUCAGCAGUAUUAAAAGUGUCAAAAGAUGAGAAGCUGAACAUGGUCAAGGAUGUAGAGGGAAUGAAGCCAGAGAAAGCAGAAUUAAAGGUGUCAAAAGCUCUGGAUUUAAACAAAAUAAACAAUAUAGAGGAACCAAAGCUAGAAAAGGAAGCACGGUUAUUGUCAAAGGAUCAGGAGUUGAAACCUGUAAUGGAUGUAGAGGAACUGAAGCCAGAAAAAGAAUCCGAGCUAAAACUGUCAAAAGAUUUGGAGUUGGAAACAGUAAAGAAUGUAAAGGAAUUGAAGCCAGAAAAAGAGUCAGAGUUAAAAGUUGUGAAGGGAAUAGAGGAGCUGAAAUUAAUGAAAGCUAUUGAAGAGAUGAAGCUAAAACUAGAUGGACUUGAGUCAAAACUAAAUGAGUCUGCAGUAACAAUAUCAAAGUUAACAGAGGAGAGGAGGCUAAACUAUCAAGAAACAAAAAUCUUGCAAGAAAAGCUGGCAGAGGUUACCAAGAGAGGUCCAAGAAAGGUUCAAGUCGGGUUUCCAUUUCUCUAUGUCUGUAUGGUGGCGCUUGUCUGUGUGUUCUUGGGAUACCACCUUGACUGUUGACACCAUAAUAUGCAGGAAACAACUAACAUUUAGAGUUUGCUUCAAGACAUGUUUGAUAAUAGCGCAGAAGUUUAGGCAUAAACCCUCAUUAUAUCGAUAAAUUUCAUAGGAUCUUUAUACUUGAGGGUCAGUGAUGUUUGAUCUGAUCUGAUCUGUGUAGUCUACAAUCAUGUAUUUUUCCGCUUUUGUAUAUGGAAAACUGCCAUGAUGAACAAGCUUGUAAAGGUAAUGAGAUAUUUGCAAUCAGCUAGAUGACUUUAUGUGUUAGAAAUUGUUGUGUAUUCUACUUGA